AAUGUUAUUUAUGAAUGCUUGCCGCUCGCCUUCGUGUGCACGUACAAAUUUUGUAUCAUUAUGUUUUAAAUAAUUGGACACCUGAUAUUGAUCAUAUGUUUUUGCUUGUGCAAUGCAUGCACUUCGCCAUUAAAUAUAAACAGUAAUUCAUUGAGGUGGAUUUUGAUGCUGGCGGUGGUGGUACUGGCGGCGGCGGUGGCGGCGGCUGGCGUAGCGGUGCGUUCGGCUCUUUAAUCACACUGGGUCAAUAAGACCCGAGUACCGGUGCUGUCUGCUGGUGCUGUAUCCAGCGGUUGUAACACCCGGAGAGGGGCUGUCCGAUGAGGCAGGAUUGCCGAGGCCGCCGCCAGACUGACCAUGUUGUCCUUGUGAGAGUGGGCGGGGCUACCUGGCCCUGAGGCGCUAAGGAAGAGGAGCCUAUCCGCAGCCGUCGGACCCUCCUCUUUCUUGACAAGACACACAAGGAGAGUAAGGCGUCUCUCAACCUUCUUUCGUCGCUCCCCCUCAGCCCUGUCAACCGACACGAUGAUGUGGUCACGUUGCUGGUGGAGAGCGUGAGGAAGCAGGAGUCUGGAAGGCGACCCUGCUCAGCCGGGGGACUCGGAUCUGUCCCUGCUGGACCCGAAAACCCUCGCAGAGUGCUGGCCCCCUGAUGGCUUGAUGCCUGAGAGCAGCUACUGGCAGCUCUGCCCUCCCUCUAAGUCCAGCCUGCAGGGGGGGUUGCUGAGCUCUAGUUUCCCUCCUGGUCCAGUCCCCCUCGUGCCGCCAGAUGCUCACCUGCAGGAAGGGGGAGAUCCCCUGGACGGCCCCCCCUCUCAGCCACAUCAGCAUCACCGGCCUCUGGCACCUAGCACCUCGGCGUCCGAGCUGUCCCUCCCCGGGGCGGCAGCGGCUCCUCCAGGACCCGCCCCACCGCCACCUCCUCCCCCGCCGCCCAAACGCCACUGCCGCUCUCUGUCAGUGCCGGAGGACCUGUCCCGCUGCCGUUACACAUGGCGGCCCAGCGCCUCGCGGGUGUGGACUCCUGUCAGUCGGCAGCAGUGCCACGGAGGAGUUGGCAGCGUGGGGGUUGCAGGUGUGGUGGCAGGUGCCACGGGGGGUGGCGCCUGUCCUCUCCGGGCGCCGAGCUCCUCUUUGAACUCAUCCCUGCACUCCUCGUCCAGCCCCACCUUCUUUAGCUUGGCACUUUCUCCGGACUCGCCACUUCCUUGGAACUUCCCCUGGGACCCCAUCGAGGCAGCGGCAGGGGGUGGAGCCUGCUGCUGUUUCUUCCCCUCCCCGUCCUCCUGCUCCUCGUCGCCGUCACCCCUCCACCCGCCACCAACCCCUCAGAGGCGUUUCUCCCUCUCGCCCGUGCUCAUCAGAGACUCGGCAGCGACUGCCACCUUCCUGCCUCCGCCGCCCGUUCCCAGCCAAGCGGCAGCGCCUCCACCGGGCUGCUGUGCGGCUGGGGGAGCUAUGGCGGGGGCGCCAGUGCCUGCCUCGCCUUCCUCGGCCUGCAGCACGCCGUCAUCCCUGCGCCGCAGCCUGCCGCCACAGCUACCACGUUGCCACUCGCAGCCCUGUGACCUGCUGCUGCUCAAACCGGGCCUGAAGAGGCGUCGUGACCCAGACCGCCCAUGUGCCCGCCCUGUCCUCGACUUCACCAAGAUGACUCAGACCCGCAGCAUCGACCCGCAGUGUUUAGAGCGUAGCGGCAGGCUGGCCUGCGGCGGCGAUCUCUACAUGGCCAUGGAGUCCUUCAUGGGCGACUUCCGAGGCUCUUGCUCGCCGGCCGAGUGUCUGGGCAGGACAAGCAUCGGCCCACUAAGCGAGAGCGACGAAGAAUGCCGCGAGGAUGAUGACGACGACGACGAUCGAGAAGAGGACGUGGACGAGCGAGAAGCGGCCCAGCAGGCGGUCUUUGAGAGGGAUUGUACAGAACUGGACUUGAAUUUAAUCGAAGAAAACUGACGUGUUUGUAAAAUGGAAGGCUGUUACUUCCCACCCCCCCUUCCCUCUCCUCCCUUUUUAUUUAUUUUUAGAAAGGAAGUUUCAUUUUAAAUUUAGAUCGCACCCAUGCCACCGAUCAGCCAGGCUCUCAGGAACACCUCUUCACACUGGAUUGAGUAAGUCGACGCUGAAUUGACGACAACAGUGAUGAUGUGACUGCUUGCUUUGAAAGACUACGAUGGCUGGACUCUGUCAUGUGUCCUCUGCAAUCCGCCAAGAUUGGGGCGUCUUCCAACAUAGAGUACAGCUGCCGAGUCUCCCAACAGGUCGGUUGCGUGACACAGCACACAGCGUCCACCUGAAACAUUGCCACAAAUCGUUAUAUAUUUUGGAUAGACAUAAUAACAUUCUAGGAAGAUAUUGUGCUCUCCUGUUAAGAAAGCAAAUUAAACAAAAUUACCCCAUAAUAAAUGAAGGGAAUGUUGUCAAAUGACGUUUUUCAUAUUUAAUGCAUCAGUUUAUCCCCUACCUGCAGCAAUGUGUUCAGGUGUAGCAUCGUGCUGCGUCAGCAUCGUCCUCUUAUGCCGCGUUGAGGUCAAGUAGCCACUGAUGCUGUUGUUUAACCUGAGUGUGAAUGCACCUUCCUGCUCAUUCACUAUGUAUGUAUGUGUGUUACGUUAACAUAAAAAAUUUACACUUAAGAAGAGGUGCUCAUCUGGAUUUGUGUCGUUGGAGCAAAAUGAUAAAUAAGAGCAACAUUAGAAACCAUGAGGACAAUCAUAAAGGUUCAUGUUACUUUGUAGCCCUGUUAGGGUAUCUUUACAUUCUCAUUCAUUUCAAACAUACAUGCAAAAACCAUGAUAAUCGUCUAUAACACACACACACACAAAACUUACCCCCUCGCCUCAGUCAACCUCUCGGUAAAGCCCAACAUGAGCCUUAACUAAAACUCUGUAAAUCAAAAAUGUGAUUUUUUUUAACUUAAAAACAAAAGGAAAGUGUGUCCUGUAGCUGUCCAAAAGUCGAAGUCCUUCCGUUCAUUUCUGAUUCCUGUUUUUUUUCCUUAAUAUUCCUGAUCGGCUGUCUGAAUGAGUCGUCUGUGGAGACAAAUGCCACAAAAUGAACAAUGAGCGAUCAUGAACAAGGUAGAAGACAAACAGAGAGACCUGGGAACAUCUCUCAUCUUUUAGAAUUUUUUUAUUAUUAUUGUAUUAUGUGUUUAAAAAAAUGAAAUGACAACAUGGCAAUUUGGAGGAAAAAAAAACAGUUUGUGAAUAAAUUAAGUUUAUUGAGAAUUAUUUUACAAAGA